AUGAAUAAAGAAGGAGAAGAUGUUCGUCUACAAAAUAAAAUGGUGGAGAAUAUAAAAGCCCAACCAGUAGACAGCAUUAUACUUUUAACGAACUUUAUGAGUGAAUGCAAAAGACUUGGGUGUAUAUCAUUUUAUAGAGAAAAAAAUGAUGACAAGAAAAUUCAAUUUUUUAUUGGAGGACCCGAAUACAGUAGGGUUGACUGGUAUUUUGAGAUAAUGGACACGAAGAGGAAGUGUACCAUAACAUAUGAGAAAUGGAAGGAAUUGACCAAAAGGGAAUCUUAG